AUGGCCAACAGGCCCGGGUCGCUGCUUCACGAGGCGUGUUUCCUCUUCGUCGUGUCCAUGGCGCAGUUCCUCGGACAGACGGGCCUGGCUCUCUCGGUCAUCGCCGCGCACAUCAUCGGCCAGAGCUGGGACAAUGUGAGCGAUAGCCAGCUGAGCUGGUUUGCGGCUGCGUUCGCUCUGACCAACGGCACGUUCAUCCUCGUCGCAGGCCGACUGGGUGAUCUGUACGGGCAUCGGCGGCUCUUCAUCGUUGGCUUCGCCUGGUACGGGCUAUGGUUUUUGGUGGGCGGCUUCAGCGUCUAUGCCACGACGACGACGUUGUUUAUUUGCUGUCGUGCGUUCCAGGGCAUCGGGGCCGGACUGGUGCUGCCGAAUGCGGUGGCCAUCCUGGGAAGAACCUAUCCGCCUGGUCGACGAAAGGAGCUGGUGUUUAGUCUCUUUGGAGCCACGGCCCCGGCGGGAUUCAAUGUCGCGGGCCUCUUCAUUGCACUGCUGGCACAGCGAGCGUGGUGGCCCUGGUCGUACUGGAUCAUGGCGAUUUUCUGCUUUGGCCUCGCCAUCGCAGGGAUUUUCGUGAUCCCCGUAACGCUGGAUCCACUGCCAGCAACGACCAUCGGCUUGAGCAAGCAGGGACGUGUUCUCGACUUCAUUGAACGGGUCGACGUUCCAGGCGCCCUUUUGGGCAUCACCGGACUUGCUCUCAUCAACUUCGCCUGGAACCAGGCCCCGGUCGUCGGCUGGGCGACCCCAUAUACCUAUGUGCUUCUCAUUGUGGGAUUCCUGUUCCUGGGCGGCUUUGGCUUCGUCGAGCGCAAGGCCAGGUUCCCUCUGCUCCCGACUUCCGUCUUUACAGGGGAUCUUGGGUGGACUCUGAGCUGCAUCGCGGCAGGCUGGGCCAGCUUUGGCAUUGGCCUGUUCUACUACUACCAGUUCAUGGAGGUCAUCGAGGGCGACGAACCGCUCAUUGUUGUAGCGAAAUGGGCCCCGGCGCCCAUUAUGGGCGUGGUUGCGGGCCUCACGACGGCGUAUCUGCUGAGCCGCGUGUCGCCGAGCGUCAUCAUGUUCAUGGCGAUGUGCGGCUUCCUCAUUGCAAGCAUACUUCUGGCCACCAUCCCGGUUCAUCAGACUUACUGGGCACAAGCGUUUGUGCUGACGGUCGUGUACCCCUUUGGCAUGGACAUGUCGUUUCCGGCGGGAUGCAUUCUCCUCAGCAACGCCAUGCCACGCGAGCACCAGGGCCUCGCGGCCUCUCUCAUUGCCACGACAAUCAACUAUUCCAUCUCUGUGAGUCUGGGAUUCGCGGGGACCAUCGAGACGCAGCUGAACAGUCAUGGGAAAGACUUGCUGAGGGGGUAUCGCUCGGCGUUGUACUUUGGUGUUGGGUUGGCGGGAUUUGGCAUGAUAUUGACGCUGCUUUUCAUGUCUGUGUCUUGGAGACGGAGCCGGAGGCCGGCCAAGUCGAGGACUCCAGUGCCUGGCUAG